CUUAGGAAUCUGGGAUAACAUGGUCAAGCACGGAAGGUGAUCAGUUUGUACACGACUCUUUAGGUUUCAUUUGUGUGGGCAGGUAGCUGUACGACACGAUGUGAGAAUGGCCACGACGGACCGCGGAAAAAGGGAGCCCGCGUUGCCGGCUGGAAGCAUGUGGCAGGACCCAAAGGCGGUGGACAUAUCCAACAAGGACAUGAUCGUCGCCUCCACACACAGCCGGACCAGAAAUGUGACCGUCGUCUACGUUAUCCCCCGUGCGUCUUUGCCCGAGAGCGAUGAGGACGUAGCGCUGGCAUGCUUGCAGAAAGCCUGCGAAGAAGUGCACGCUUCCUUGAAAAGUGUCCCUUUGGAUAAAGUUGUGCUGAGCAUUCCGGAUGUCCUGGACACCUUCUACAAUUCAGACGUGGCCGUGGUGGAGAUGAGCGACUCGUCCUGUCAGCAGUCUCUCUUCUACCACCUGGGCGUGAGGGAGAGCUUCCAAAUGAGCAACAACGUCAUCCUGUACUGCAGCGAACAGGGCGGCGAUCUGCUCACUCUAAGGGAAGGAUGCGGGACCUACACCUUCAUCCAGUACCUGGUGUCACCCCAAGGCAAGGCGUUCACCUGUGAGGCUGGCACAGCAGCGGGCAUCAAGGAGCUGCUGAUCCCGAGGAUCAAGCUGGAGCCCUUGCUCACCCCACUGGUGGAGAAGUUCAUUCACCUCUUGGAGAACGUGCAGAUCCACCACAGCGAGUACUCUCAGGAGAAGAUCCGGCAGGAGAUCCGGACGGUCCGUGAGCGGUUCAGUGGCCCCGAACUGAGCCACGAACUGGGCCAGAUCCAGAAGCGAUUGGACACGAUGGAGCAGCUUAGCCCAGACAUCAUCAUGAACCUGCUGCUGUGUUACCGUGACAUCCAGGACUACGGAGGCGUCAUCAACCUGGUGGAGACCCUGAUGCAGCUCCCCACCUGUGUAGUGGCCACGCAGCAGAACAUCAAGUUCCAUUAUAUUUUUGCACUGAACAGGAGGAACGCCUCAGGUGACCGCGACAAGGCCUUGUCCAUCAUCAUCCCCAUAGUGGAGUCCGGGGAUCGGGUGCCGUCGGACGUCUACUGCCUCUGCGGCCGCAUCUACAAGGACAUCUUCUUGAGCUCUAACCUCAGCGACUCGCAGGCGCGAGACCAGGCCUGCUACUGGUACGGCAAGGCCUUCGAAACAGAGCCAACGUUGCACUCGGGCAUCAACUGCGUGGUUCUGCUGAUAGCGGCGGGCCACAAGUAUGAGAUUUCUAUGGAGAUGCGGAAAAUCGGGGUCACCUUGAGCAGCCUCCUGGGGAGAAAGGGGAGCCUGGAGAAGAUGCAGGACUACUGGGAUGUGGGCUUCUACCUGGGGGCCAACCUGCUCGUCAACGAGCACAAGAAGGUUUUGGAGGCAUCGGAGAAGCUGUAUAAGCUAAAUGCUCCCAUUUGGUUUGUGGCGUCGGUGAUGGAGACCUACAUCAUCUAUCGAAACUUUGUGAAAUGUCACACCACAAAGCACCCCCACCAGGAGCUGGUCAAUUUUUGGAUGGAGCUGCUCCUUCAGGCCUGCAAGCCGACUGUGUGCCCCCCCUGCUACCAGGUUCUCAUCCUGGAACCCACAAAAGUGUUCCAGCCCAGCAUAAUGAGUGUCAGCGAGGACAAUGACAGCAGAACUGUUCAACUGAGGCAUGUUACCACAGAGAAGAAAGGUCUUCACCAGUGGACCUUCCCGGCAUCUGAAAUCCGGGGUGUGAGUGUUUCCAAAUUCGACGGUCGGUGCUGCUUCCUCUACGUCCUCUACAACUCGGAUGACUUCCAGCUGUACUUCCCAAGCGAGCUGCACUGCAAAAGGUUCUGUGAGCUGGUGAACUCUUUAAUCCAGCAAACUGAAGUUCCAGUGGAAGAAUCGGGCCUGGAUUCCUGUGAGGCAGUUCUAGAUUUUGAGUACGAAAAAACUGAGGCCGGCGACAGGGUCAUCCUGGGGAAGGGCACCUAUGGAGUCGUCUAUGCUGGAAAAGUCACCAGCAACCAAGUCCGCAUGGCCAUCAAGGAGAUUCCAGAGAAGCAUUCCAUGUACUCUCAGCCGCUCCAUGAAGAGAUCGCCCUGCACAAGCGGCUCAAACACCGCAACAUCGUCCAGUACCUGGGCUCCAUCAGCCAGGGUGGCUACAUCAAGAUCUUUAUGGAGGAAGUUCCCGGAGGAAGCCUGUCUUCUCUCCUGCGGUCCAAGUGGGGACCACUGAAAGACAAUGAAGCUACCAUAGUAUUCUACACCAAACAGAUCCUGGAUGGGCUCAAGUAUCUCCAUGACAACCAGAUCGUUCACAGAGACAUAAAGGGGGACAACGUGCUCAUCAACACUUACAGUGGGGUGCUGAAGAUCUCGGACUUUGGCACGUCUAAGAGGCUGGCCGGCAUCAACCCCUGCACGGAGACUUUCACUGGCACCCUGCAGUACAUGGCCCCGGAAAUCAUUGACCUGGGCCCCCGAGGUUAUGGGAAGCCCGCCGACAUCUGGUCCCUGGGCUGUACCAUUAUCGAGAUGGCCACGGGGAAAACUCCCUUCCAUGAGCUGGGCAACCCCCAGGCAGCCAUGUUUAAGGUGGGCAUGUUUAAGGUCCACCCCACUGUUCCAGAGAGCAUGUCCGAGGCAGCAAAGACCUUCAUAAUGUGCUGCUUCGAACCCAACCCUGAUAAGAGGGCCACUGCUUCCAAGCUCCUGCAGGACAGCUUCCUCAAGCUGAAUGGGCGUAAGAAGGCCAAGCCCUUGUGCAGCAUGCCCGAGACUGAGAACGCCGCCAGAGUCGCGCGGGGGUUUUCCCCAGGUGAACUCCAUCGCAGCCAUUCCAUGCCCACCUCUGAGCAAGUCGAGGACUGCAGUGUGGCACCCAAGUUGGACUUGUGCAGCUCUUUGGACCUGAGGAGGGUCAUGCCCACCUGCCCGAAGAAGCAGGGCUUGGACAGCUUCUUCUCAAUCCCAGACGACACUUCAGACAUCAGCCCAAUCACAACAGGGGAAAACCUGGGCCUCUUUCUCCUGAGGAAAGUGAGCGAGCGGAGAACCACGCUGAACUCCAUCUUGUGCGAGAACAUCAGCACUGUGGUGAGCAACAUCCAGGAGACGCUUCCCCAGCAUCCGGAAGAUCACGUUCCGUCCAAGCAGCACAUCACGGACCUGAUCUGCUGCCUCCGGGAACACGUACGCCAACCGGACAGGACCAGGCUGAACAGCUGCCUCAGGACGCUCCGCUCCAGCUUGCUGGCAGCAGCAGUGUCCCAGAACAGCGUGCAGACGAUGCUCUUUGGUUUCCAGGACGCGGUGAGGAAGGUUCUGAAACAGCAGCAGGUUAAACCUCAUUGGAUGUUUGCCCUGGACAACCUGCUGAGACAAGCCGUGCAGGACGCAAUCGUGAUCCUCCUGCCAGAACUGCAGCUGCAGCUGGAGUCGGAGGAUCCGGAGGAGGCCGACGAUGGGGAGCUGGAGAGCACCCCCAGCAAGAAGAAGCGGGAAGUUGCACCAGUGACCCCCUGGGAACUGGAGAACUCAGAGCAGCACAUGCCCAGCUCGCCUGACAUUAGCAGCUACCAUAUCAGCAAAUGCUCCCUCACUGAAAAGCUGCGACAGAUUCACCAAGACACGGAAAGGCUGCUGACCGAGCUGAGAGAAAAGGAGGAGGAAUAUCAGAAGCUACUGAUAGACAUGUUACAGGAGAAACAGGAAAGGAUUCAGGACCUCAAAACCAGGGGACAUUGCACCCCUACAGAAACCGUGUGUCCCUCGCUCCAUGUCGAAAUGCCGGACCCUGAGGCUUCGUCGCUUGUACGCUGGUUGAGAGACGUACCGGUGGAUGAAAACACUAUAGAAAUUCUGCUGGUGCACAAGUUCACUCUGGAACUGCUGCUGCAGGCUGCCUCCAGGGACGAUCUCAAGUACUGCAAGAUUAGGGGGGGCAUGGUUUGCCGGAUUUGGAAUGCCAUCGUGGCCCACAGGAACUUAACCAACGAUCACGGACAAGUGUGCGAGGAGACCUUCUGGUGACGUCUGCACUGCGGCCACUUCCUGCGCGGUUGUCCUCCCGGCUGCAGAGAUCUGGCUUCCUGCUGUCCAAAUCAUCUUGGAUGCAGAUCGAAGUUCUUAUAGUAGCAGAUAAUUAUGUUUUUCUCCCAAAUAUAACUGUAGGACACAAACAUGGUAUCUCACCUACCCUGGAGAUGGAUAUUAGUGGCGUCCGAGUCGUAGAUCAGUUCUGGAUCACAGACCUAUGCGAGGUUUAUUUAAAGCUUAUUUAAGGUGUUAUGUCUUAACUGUAAAUAUGGGGCCAUGAUAUAAACCGUGAAAUAUUUCUUAUUGUGUAUAUAUAGAUAUGUGUGUAUUGCAUGUCAUCUGGGACAGUGCAGAAAGUGUGUGCAGACCAGGACUGAGUGUGUACAGACUAGGACUGAGUGUGUACAGACUUGGACUGAGUGUACGUGACAUCAUCACUGUGCGCCACGCCACUCUGUUCGAUAUGUCGUUUUGCUGUUUUAGGCAAAAGAUACUUUUAACCAGAGGCAACACUGGAGACUUGCAGAGCUUUUUGUCGCCGCUGUUUUCCCCUGUGCGACAUUUAGACUAAAAUACGCGGACAGACCGUUUCAUCCAGAUGAUGGGAAAUGCUAUGGGAGGAAGCACUGGGAGAUAUGGAACGUGUCACUGUAGCACGGAGCUGCGGAAUUCUUGCACUGCACCAGAGAUUAACGCUAAGUCCAGGGAGAGGCCUGGCUCUUAUGGUAUGCUGUAUCAGUGCCUGUAUCUGCUGAGCGGGGGGGGUCAAAACUGUACCCAUCCUACUGGGGGCUAAGGAGGUCUCACAUGAUCGGGUGGUUCAUUAACAAAAUGAACAGAAAUGUAUUGCUUAUGGUAAAUAUAUGCAAGAGUAAACUGAAUAUUUAAUUCAUAUAAUUAGGGGCACGGUGUCAGUUUAGUUUUCAUGUUAAAGACCUUGACUAUGGUGUGACUGAAAGUAUCCAGAAAUCGUACAGUCGGCUUCUCACUAUUUAUUGUGUUUAUCUAUUAAGUCUCAAUAUCAAGGCUGAAUUACUGGGUGCCUUGUGUAUCUUAUUUAAGUGUGUCAGUGUUCACACAGCAAACUGUUCAGGGAAAAACCAAUUUAACUUAUAUUUUAAUUACUCUUUUCAAAUAUGAAUUUUAAUAAGUCUUAGGUAUUUCAUUGAAAUUGAAUUUGAAAUUGGUAAUUGACUGUUAACGUUUGUCUGGUGAGGGAAUAAUGCUCUCAAAAUGUACAACUUAUAUUGCAUCUCUGAUAUCAUUCAUCUGUCUCUUAAAAUUUUAAGUAUUGUCAUGAAUUAAGUUUGUAGCCAUUGCUAAAUAAGUUUCAAACUAAAGCAAUAUCUUGCCAGAUACACAAAACAAUCGGAGUCCAUUAAAAGUGCAGCAAAUGGAUUCAAUAAAUAAAGUUAGUGCAGGCGCUACAAA